AUGGAUCAACUGACCGAAUUCCUCACACAAAACCCUCAUAUUCACCAUGCAACCCCUCAAUCCCCAGAAUUUAAGGAGCUGCGGUUAGGCUUCGUCUUCAAUGAGAGCAGGACUCCAGCAAUCGUCGUCCGCCCGCGCUCGGCGGAAGAAGUAGCAGCGCUGAUACCUAUUUUGACAAAGAACAACUUGCAAUUCACCGUCAAAGUCGGUGGACAUGAUAUGUUUGGCCGGUCUCAGGUCUCUGAUGGAGUGAUAAUUGAUUUGCGAGAAAUCUCCCACGUUUAUGUCGAUGCCGAGUCCCAGACUGCACGACUGGGUGGGGGUGUCAUGGCUAUGGACACUGGAGACGCUACAGAAACACAAUGUGACCACUCCACUGGCUGGACGAUUUUUGGUGGUUACGGUCCUCUCAGUUCAAAGCAUGGGCUGGGCGUGGAUCAGAUUGUUGGUGCUAAAGUUGUCGACGCAGAAGGGAAAAUUUGCGAGGCUAAUGAAAUCAUGCUGACGGGCAUUCGUGGAGGUGGAGGCACAUUGGGAGUGAUUGUGGAACUCACCGUGAAGGUUUACCCUUCAGCUCAGAUAUUGGCUGGCACCACCUUUUACAAGUCCAGUGACUUAGCCGCUGAGAUCAAACAGUACAAUGCAGAGUAUAGCAAAGCAAAAAGAGAAGAUCUGCCGUCAUCGCUGCACCUGUAUCAAGCCAUUCUGAAUGGCCCAGUCGGAAAGUCUUUGUCAAUUUUCUUCAUGUGGGCAUCAUCAGACCUGGAAGAAGGCCAGCGGUGGCUGUUGAGAGUGUCCUCGUGGUUACCAAUUGGAAUGAGCACCGUCCAGCCCACCACGCACAGAGACUUUGGUGCUUUUACAAACACGGUGAUCCCGAAACAUACAUAUGGAACGAUCUUCACGGUGAACUUCUAUGACCUGACCCCCGAGGUCUUGGAUGUUAUUGGCACCCAUGCACAGAGGCAGCCCAACAAUCCUGAGGUUAUAUUCGGUGUUCAUGAGCUUCGCCAUGAUGCCCCGAGAGAGCCGACUUUUGGCACAGUCUUCGAUAAUCGCUGCGCGCAUUACUUGAUCGAAAUGAUCCCAAUGGGUUCAUCCCCGGAGGUUUAUGCUGAAGGUCUUGCGUGGGCCCAAGAGUUCGUCAACGCUCUGAGUAAAACGGAUGCCGCAAAUAUAGUGCCUUCAACUUAUAUCUCAUUAACUCCGCCGAAGGGGGCUGACAUGGGAAAGAUAUAUGGAAGCCGCUAUGAAACUUUGCAAAGGAUCAAAGAGCAAUAUGAUCCUCAGAACGUGUUCAAGAAUGCCUUGCCACAGUUCUGA